GUUGCAUUUUUAUGCAUGCAGAAAUUGACAGGGGUCACAUUAGUUUCUAGAAACAAGGAUUAUAUUGUCUUUUACAGGGGUAAUGACUACUUGCCUCCAGUUGUUACAAAGGCAUUAAAAGAGAGGAAGAAACUGAUAGAUCUCCAACAAAAUGUGGAAGAGCAAGCACGAGAAAUGGCCUCAGGCUCAAUUGUGUCAAAGGCCAAAGCUUCUAAAGGUCCAUUGGUUGCUGGAACCCUUGCUGAAACCAUCGCAGCAAUAUCUCGAUGGGGAAACCAACCAAGUAGUGAAGAUGUUCAGAAAAUGAUUAAGGAUUCAACUUUGACUAGACAUGCUUUGUUAGUCAAAUACCUUCAGAACAAACUAUCUAUUGCAAAAGGAAGGCUCAAAAGGGCUGAGAAUGCUUUAGCAAAAGUGCAGGAGUAUCUGGAACCUGCAGAUAUCCCAACUGAUUUAGAAACUAUAACUGAUGAGGAGAGACUUUUAUUUCGUAAGAUGGGUUUGAGCAUGAAACCCUACCUACAUCUAGGCAGGCGAAGGGUUUAUGCUGGUGUCAUAGAAAAGCAUCAGGGUGAUGUCAGAGUGUACUAG